CACUCGGCUUCUUUUGAAUUGGACAAGCUCUCCCUCAGCCAACAGAUUGCUGAGCCGGGGACUGACGUCAGAGGCAGCCCUUGGAAACUGCCAGUUUUCUGGGUUUGUUCAGAUGAGCCUGAAACUCUUCAGAUGCGAGCUGGCUGGAUCUACUAUGGCUGGCUGAGGCUUUUAUACUUUGAAAGAAAACCCCACCAUCAAGAUUUUGAGAACUGCCAAGGCUUAUGUACAUACUACAGAGGAAAAUGAGGGAAACUAUGCCCCAGACGCCAAUAUUUUCCAGCAUGCUUGGUUCCACUUGUAGUGGGCAGGUGCAGCCAGACAUGGGCGAAAGGUGUGGUGAUCCUGUUUACCAGGAUGGAAAUCUCAUCUCUGGAUCACUGGAAGCCCUGAUAGAGCGCCUGGUGCCUACCUUGGACUAUUAUCCAGAUAGGACUUACAUCUUUACUUUUCUACUGAGCUCACGAGUCUUUAUUCACCCACAUGAACUCCUGGCAAAAGUGGGGCAGAUCUGCAUUAAACAGAAGCAACAGCUUGAGAUGGGGACCGAGGCAGAAAAGGCAAAGCUAAAAUCCUUUGCUGCCAAGAUCAUUCAGCUCCUGAAGGAAUGGACUGAAACAUUCCCUUAUGACUUCCAAGAUGAGAAAUCUAUGAAAGAGUUGAAAGAGAUUGCUCACCGGAUCACACACUGCAAUGAGGAAAAUGGAACUGUGAAGAAGAUCAUUAGCCAGAUGACACAGAAUCUGUUGAUGACCCUCUCAGCACGGAGUCAAUACCAAGAGAUUAGAGAGAAAUUUCGGCAACCUGUUGCUGAUAAAGGAACCAUCCUUAAAAACAAGCCGCAGUCAACUCAGAAGGACAUACUGAGUGUGUGUUGUGACCCUCUCAUCUUGGCACAGCAGCUGACUCAUAUUGAACUGGAAAGGGUGAGCAACAUUUACCCUGAGGAUCUGAUGCAGAUUGUCAGCCACAUGGACUCACUGGAUAAUCACAAGUGCCGGGGUGAUGUUACCAAAACCUACAACUUGGAGGCCUACGACAACUGGUUCAACUGCCUUAGCAUGUUGGUAGCUACAGAAAUUUGUAGGGUUGUGAAAAAAAAGCAAAGGACAAGAAUGGUGGAAUUUUUCAUUGAUGUGGCAAGAGAGUGCUUCAACAUUGGAAACUUUAACUCCAUGAUGGCCAUUAUCUCUGGAAUGAACUUGAGUCCUGUGGCAAGACUAAAGAAAACUUGGUCCAAGGUGAAAACAGCCAAAUUUGACGUCUUAGAGCAUCACAUGGAUCCAUCUAGCAACUUCUGUAAUUAUCGAACAGCCCUGCAAGGAGCAGCACAAAGGUCACAAACUGCCAAUAGCAAUCGGGAGAAAAUUGUCAUUCCAGUUUUCAACCUGUUCAUAAAAGAUAUUUACUUUCUGCACAAGAUACACACAAAUCGCUUGCCCAAUGGACAGAUAAACUUCAAGAAAUUUUGGGACAUUUCAAGACAGAUUCAUGAUUUCAUGACAUGGAAACAGGUUGAGUGUCCUUUUGAAAAGGACAAAAAGAUCCAGAGUUAUCUACUCACAGCACCCAUUUACAGUGAAGAAGCUCUGUUCAUAGCAUCUUUUGAAAGUGAAGGUCCUGAAAAUCACAUGGAAAAAGACAGCUGGAAGACACUCAGAACAACUCUGCUUAACAGGGCCUGAGAUUCCUGGAUCCAGUCUGCAGACUCUUAAGCACACAGAAAGAAACUUCUUUUUAAAUCCUGAAAGACUGGGGUUGAGAUAAGCAAGACCUCACUGGCUGAGGUCUAGUUUUGUAUAUACAGUACCUUUUAUGAAAUAAGGUUGCCAUGUGAAAUAGUUACCACAUUUUUAAGGCACUUAAGUGAAGGAUUUUUGAGUUUUUAUUUUAAAUUAAAGGGCAGGGCCCUGUUCUCAGAGAUGGUAUCCAUGGUGAAUUCUUAUUCAAUGACAUCCAAAUCUUUAUUUUUAAUUACAUCCACCUAAAAAAGAAUUACUUAAUUAAAUAAAUAAAGCCACAACACAUACCCACCCUGCCCCCACAUGACAACAACCAAAAAGACUGUACAGGUUUAAAACCCUUUAUGACCAUAGCCCUGCAAGAUACUUACUGCAUCUUCUUCCAUUUAAGCAUGGGAGGAGUUAAAGGGAAAAGGCAAAGGGUCUCUUCAAGUGAGUGGGACUACUCGCAUGCUUAAGGUAUUACUUAUAGGACCAAGCCCUUAGACAUCUGCAGCGAGGGUGUUCCUCCCUUACAUCAGAAAAUAGUGCCUUAUAAGGUACUGAAAUUGUCUAGCGUACCUUCUGCUAUUCUAGGCUGGAAUAAAUCUAAAUAAAGAUGUGGAUGUCUAAAAACCAGCUACAAAGUACUUUGUAAAUAAACAGGAAGCUACGGCACAUGAACUAGAGUAUACCUGCCUAUAACAAUGAGGGUGCAGCAAAACAUAUUUUUGUUAUGUGAUUUGAAGAGAUUGAUGAGAUAAAUGCUAGUGUGUACGCGUAUGCGUGUGUGCUUGUCUGUCAAGUUUUUAACACUUCUGGGAACUAUCCUUUGAGUUCAGGCUGCCAGAAUAGUUUACAUUUUAUUUUUUAAACAAAGAAGGCUGUAUAAACUAGAUCAUCUCUACAAAACAAAUGUAAUGUGUCUUUUUCAAAAACUUUUGGAAACUAAUUUAUAAAUAUGAUAGGGAAAGUAGUGAACAGGGAAGCCAAAUCUGCGGCUUAAGGCUAGGAUUUUCAAAGAAGCUUAAGGUGUUGUACACUCCACGUGUCCUGAAUUUGAAGAAUUUUACCUUAUUGCCUAGGUUGCUCUGAAAAUGCUAGCCUAAAUGACAGACUGAAUAGUAAGACAAAGAGAACCUCGUAGAGCAGAUUAUUCUGGCAUUUAUUAAAGUAGCCGCUCUAUGUUUGGGCCAGAACUCAUGGCAACUAACUGAAAAAACACCAUUACACAUAUUAGAUCAAGCCUUUAAACCCAAGUCAGUGUCAGAAUUAGAGAUGGAUUUGUAAACCAAUGGUGCUUGCAAUUUCUAAUUUCUCCUUUUAACUGUUUUUGAGUUUAUGGCUUAUUUGGCAACAAUCAUGAGCCUAUUUCAGAUGCUCAUAUUAAGAUUCAGGCUAUUUGCUUUCAGGAAAAAAUAACUCAUUUUGGGACUUUCUUCCCCACCAAUUCCCUUGAUUUCUAAAUCAGAGGAGAGAAAGCAUUCAGGCUCAGAUUAAAAACUAUUUUGUUCAAUGAAUUUACUAUUACCCAUGAAUGACCAUUCAUUCUCCUUUCUAACAAUUGAUCUCUUUAAGCCUGAGGGUUGAAUAUUUAUAUAUAAUGAGACCAUUAAGACAAUUAUAUUAGAAAGGAUUUGUUUUCCAAAGCUAUCAGAAGCUUGGAAUAACAGAAGCCUUCAAAUGCCAGGACAUAAACCAGUUUCAAACAGGGGAACCUGGGAGAAGCUUUGUGUAUGAACAGUUUAUUUGACUUUAAGUAGGAUAAUUUUCUUUUGCUUUAUCACUGGCUGGCCAGUGUCAGAAACAGGAUACAAGACUAGUUAGGCAACUUUAUCUGGUCCAGUCAUGCAAAGAUUUCUAAUCAAGCUCUUACAACUGUACAGUACCAUAACAUAAGAUGGACAAGUGGGACUAUCCCCAGCAAACAAUUCAGAAAGGCCACCACAACGGCCACAUCCAGGGAGCCAAUGCCACCACCCCCUCACAGCAGGAUGUGUUCGGAAAAGCUAAGAUGGUGCAUGCUGCUGCUGCCCUGGCACUUUACUGCAACAAUCUCUGUGUGAGGAGGUAAGCAUUUGCUCCCUACUCCCCCCACCGCACCGAGGGUGCCAAAAUUUCAGGUUAUGCUUCUGUAACCAUGAACAGUCCUAUUUACUUCAUGUAACGUGCAUUCACUUAGCAACAAGUGCUUGCAGUACUGGUCCUGAGUGGAUUCGUGCAGGGAAACCUCUGCUUCCUUCUCAUUUGUACUUAUGAGAAACCAAUACACCUGCAUGGUGUAAAGGCAGGGGGACAAAGGCAGCCAGCAUUUUGCUCUUUCCAUAGGACUGGAAUUAUAAAGGGGAAAAAUUAAAUAGAUGCCAUAAAACAAAUUAAAUAAAGUAGAAGGAGGAAGUAGAAAUGCUCAUUGUUAACAAAAAGAGCCCACAGAAAGAAAGAGGAUAGCUAUGUUUCUUGUGAUCUGCUGCUAAUUUUCCUGGGCUGAAAUACUGAAUCUCAGCCCUGGAUUAAAGUAAGACUAUUUAUACUGUAUUAUUACAGUGUUUUGCACUUUCAGAGAUGUUCUAGCUAGAAACAUUGUCAGACACUAUAAAGGAGAUUGUAUAUCAGCUUUGUUUAUGUAACUGAAAUUUUAAAAAGGGAUGCUUAAAAUUUAAGAAAUAUAUAUUUGAAAUGCAAUUUUAGAACACUUUCUGUACAUGUAUUAAAAAAAAGCUUUCACAUGAAUGUGCACUUCACUGGUCAAUCAGUCCUAGUAUAUACUUGAAAUCAAUGCAAUGUCAACAUGGGUUUCUUCUUUUUUUUUUCUUCCUUCAGUUUGAUACAUUUCUUAAAUACUGUGUUUUUGCAAUUCUGAACUCAAUUGCUGAAUAUAAAAAGCUGUACCAUAAAGCAGGAUAUUCCGUGUUUGACUGGAUGUGCUUGCAUUAAUAAAAAAACAAAAACAAAGAAAAAAGUUGCUUCAACCAGGA